CUCAGACUGUUACGCAAGUCUCUGUCAGAUACUCGAAACAGCACUACAGCUCUUCGCGGCUAUCGAGCGUCCCGCACACAUAGCUCCUUACGACUGGCGCUAACUUGUGGAACGAUGCGUCAGUGAUUCGCCUGUGACCGGCCGUAUGGAUCCACCACUGCCGCGAUGGAGAGCCGUGGCUGUGGCAGCUUUUCUCAUCGCCACCAUCUGUCACAAUGGCGUGGACGCCGACAUUCCUCAGGCCGUGUCACGGCAACAGAUCUGCACAGUCAAUGGCGCAUAUGGAAAGGAUGAUCCUAGACGAAUGCAGUGCAAAGAUACGAUUCUAGGGACUCUGAGAAUAUCUAAUAAAGAGAAAUUUUCGUUUAAUGUCAUGCAAAACACCAUCGAUUCCCGGGACAAGACAUACGCUGACGUGGGAAAUGUCGGAUUCGUCGUGACCAUUACGAAGACUCCCGUAACAAUAUCGCUGCCUCUAGAGUACAUCAAGGAGGUACCGUUCGAUUAUCGGGAAGAGAUAUACGAAUAUUCCCGGUGGGAGGCUGGGCGACUGCCGGAGAAGUUUUGUUACGAAGACACGACAGACAAAUGCUCUGAAGAUGGGAAGCUGGCGGUCCACCCUCACGGCAAGCCCCUGUCAUGGGCCCACGGCCGCUGCUGCUGGUGUAGUGAAGUGCUGGCUUUCACGCAUAUCAACAACAUGAAGAGGGGCAACUUCCGUUGCAAUUGGUUUGCCCCGCCCCGCGCCUUGGAACUGGUGACUGAAACCCUCUACGACCAGUGUGAAGCCGGGAAAAUAGACGGCACCGUUCCAUUGGACCGAGAUUGCGAAAGAGAGAAGCACGAGCGCUUGGGCAUCACCGACAGAGUUUACACACUGAACUACACUACACCAGAAAUCUUCGACCGUUCUGUCUAUUGCAAUACAAAGUCUUGCUUGAAACACGCCAUCAUCUUGGACAAGGACUAUGUUUCUGUCACGGGUUAUGAAUGCGACAAAGUUGGCACCGGCCUCGAUCGAUGGGGAGACAUGAGAGGAGAGUUUUGCAAUCUGUUACCAGGGACUUGUAUCACUGGCCAGCUUCGGAAAUUCAAGGAAGUCGACAAGCUACGGAUCGAACAAAAUCUGGCACCAUUAUAUGCACUGAAACGGGAGUUCGGGGGCUUCCCUCGAUAUGCGCCAAACCCGAUGAAUGGAACGGGUUUUUCAACAACAGGCACAAGACACUACCUCGGCUACGAUUUUGGCGAGCAGCACUACUCAGACAUCCGUUUCGAGAUGGAUGCAACCGAUGUCACAUGGUUGAGGGCAACAUCACCCGGUCACAUAACCUUCAUUGAGGUGCCUCAGCUAGACGCAUGCUCGUCCAGUACCAUUGGCGGGUGUCCACUGAAAGCCUACGUCUGGAAUUCAGGCAACGAAGAUGCUGCAUUUGCAGUAGAGGUACCCUUUUGUAUCGAUUCGAUUACAAAGGAGCGAACAAUCGAUGUAAAUCCCAUUACGCCAGUUCGGACGACAGUGCCUGCUGACAAAACGGUUGUUUUCACGUUAACCUUUAAAGCCAUUUCUUCUAGUAGUCUUGGCGUUACAUGUUUCAUGAAGCUGUACGAUGCCCAGCAUCUCAUGCUCGACCAAAAGACAUUCAAUGUGACGACGUCGGCUGCUCAGGAGGACAAAGACGGUCUGUCGAACUUCGAGCGGUUUUUUGGGAUCACACGGCCUUCCGGCCCGGCAGUGUGUCCUUGCAGAUGGUAUAACGGCGUAUGCCUCCUAUUCAGAUUUCGGACGUGUUUCGCAGCCUUGAAGGCGACGAUUGUGUCUAUCCUCGCAGUCGUUGUGGCGGGAGUCCUCCUCGUCUUCUUCGGUCCCGUCCUUUUGCCUUUCCUCCGCGUCGGGCUUAGUUGCUUCUGUGGUUUUGCACGGCGUUUCGCUUCCGCUCUCGCCUUCUUCUUGCGAACGUACUGUUCCUGUCUCGUAAAAGCAUGCGGGGGAUUCGCUCGGAUCCUCAGCAAAUCGUGCAAGGCAUGCAUGCGCUUCCUCAGAGCGAAGUGCGGAGGAGUUCUCCGUUGCUCCAGCCGAGCCUCUGGUAGCCUCUCGAAACGGCUCGCACAAAUAAGCAAGUACUGUUGUUCUGCAUGCGUUGCAUGCUUCGGUCGUUGCCCUAGCGCCCUGAACUGGACAAAGCGAGCACACGGUCUCCAGGAAAGUACACUCAAGGCUAAGCGAAUAAAGAUGCCGAAAAUCAGGGUUCCCGCGAAACUAAAAGCACCGAAGAUGCCGAGUCUUAAGCAGGGAUCGGCAGCGAAAAAUUCUGUUCAGGCACACGACACACAGCACUCACACAAAAUAACGAAGAUGCCUCAGAGAAAACUACUCGGGGGGGCUUUUACGAAAGCAGCCGUCGGUGCCACAGCAGCAAUGGGUUUCUUUGGUCGGAGAACGGGGAAGAAGAAGAAAGGAGACACAAAUGUUGAGGCGCAUUCUGUAACGCCACAAUCGUUUGCCGAAGACGCAAGAGGUCCUGGGAUCCAAGAUAAACUUCAGGGAAAGGCUGACCCGGCAGAAACGUCUCUGUUCGGGGAAUCGGCCACGAGUCACGCAGCGAAGUUGAGCAAGAAGGAAAAACGCAGUUUACGCAAACAAGCAAAGAAACAAAAAAGGCAAGAAUAUCAGCGGCAGGCAGCGGCAGGGAACGCAGAAAUUUGGGCAGGAGAAGGAGAAGCCACUGCGUCUAAAAAAGACAUGGUUUCCAAGAAGAAUGGGGUCGAGGGGUCGCGGUCCUCGACUAUGGGUAUCGCCGACAACAACCAAUCUGCUUCAGCAGUCACGAAGUCAAAACCGCAUAUCAUGAAGGAACAACGGGAGACAGGGGCCAAACGAAGGCAAGGGGAGUGUGCAAGAACAAAGGAGGAAGAUAAACGCGGGCACGUAGAAGGGAAACUGAAGGAGAAACACUCUACCCAGAGCCAACCGGAUCAUCCUCUCUCUGCAGGAAACAAGGGCACGAGCACAACUCAACAGAUCAGGAGUCAGAUUGAACAUAAAUCCUCCAUUUUCAUGGGAAACGACAAUCAGACACCUCUCGAAGUAGAGCUAGAAGGACAACUGCGGAAACAUCUAGGUCAAGAUGACUCUGAUUCGCACCCGUCAAAGGCCGGAAAAGACAAGGUGCUUGAGCACGGGCAAACACCCGUCGAGAGGGAAAAAGAAGGCAACGAAGAGGAUAGCGCAGAUAGAGGGAAAGAACGAUCAAACGUUGGGAUCACUGGUGCAGCAGGGAAGAUGAGGAAGUUCCUGCACAGAAAAAGGGAUGAAAUCGAAUACCAAGAAGGCCGUGAAGAGGCGGGAUUAGACGCAGUGUCCAUCAGUAGAGGAAGUACACAAUGCACCCGUGCACGGAAGGCGAAGAGAAAGAAGCAGCAUUUGAAGGAACCGCGAACACCGCAAGAAGAAAACCCAGAAGAUGACAUCGAAGAACAGGACAGAGAUGAAGAAGGCGAAUCCGAUACACUAAGGGAUACGACUGACCAAGGAGGCGCAUCACCGCAGACAGCACGACCAGAGCUCACCACAGUAGUGGCACAUGAACCCGAAACACGGGGGGAAAAAUACAUUGAAGGGAGUUUCUCGACUCUACCCUCUGUGGAAAUCGAGGAACACAAAGAGAUUCAGAUGGUCGAAACAAAUCCUAGUUACUGUGUUUCAAUGAGGUAGAACGAGAAAAAACGAUGUCCGUGGGUUGGCAAAGGUGUAGACACAAUACAAGAAAGUCACCACGGCGUACGAAACAGGGAGCAGCAAAAGCGGUUACUGCAAAACGUACAUGAGUUGAUCAUGGUAAUAUAAGUGGAACAGAAACAACAACCAACAGCAGCCAUGUGUCUCCGCAAAUCCAUUACUGUCCAUAAAAUAGGAGAUAAAAAGUCUCUUUCUCCACCAACUUUUGGGGGUAUCUGUCUUUGAAUACGCUUCCAAGACGAAAUAUCGAUUCAAGGGUAGUACGGCUUUGGCAAUAACUCGUCUGACCGGGUUCCUUCGAUCUCUUGGUCUUUGGACUAC